UGUACAUUUAUUUCAAUUUUAAAUUUGGAACAGAGGACAUGUCUAAAUUUUUCACAAGAAGCAGGAUGUUCCUUCUCUGAUAAGGAACCUCUGUAAAAUGACCACUUUGGAUUAAUCUCUGUGAUAGAUAAGCAUUUAUAUGAUGAGAUUGGCCGGAGAUCAGUGGGUUCAACACAGCAUGGAGAGCUGUGAAUUUCAUAAUUCAAAACGUAAACUCAUAAAUCAUGUUGCUUCUACACAAAGGAAAAGACCCACAUUAACCACAAACACCUGUUGGGAAAACCCAUCUCCAUUUCUCCUCGCCCGGUACAUUGCUGCAGCUAUGGGAAUUCAUUUCAUUGUGAUGAUAAUGAUAUACAGUGCCCUAAUAGUAAACUCAUUAUUCAACCAAGAAGCUCAAGUUUCUUUAAAUGAAAGAUACUGUCCAUGUCCUAAAAACUGGAUACAUUACAGAAACAAUUGCUACCAAUUUUUUGAUGAGAGCAAAAGCUGGCUUCAGAGCCAAGCUUCUUGUAUGUCUCAAAAUUCCAGUCUCCUGAAGAUAUACAGCAAAGAGGACCAGGAUUUCUUAAAAUUGGUGAAGUCCUAUCAUUGGAUGGGACUAAUAAGAAACUCAACAAAUGGAAUCUGGCAGUGGGAAGAUGGUUCCAAUCACUCUACCAGACAACUCACAUUGCUUGAAAUGGAAGAUGGGGACUGUGCAGUUUACGGCUCAAGUUUCAAAGGUUACACAGAAAACUGUUCAACUCCAUACACAUACAUCUGUAUGCACAGGAUUGUAUAAAGUAAAGAACUUAUUGUCUAUAAAAUAUAAUGGACUGAAAAACAGAAAUUCCGUUCCCCGAAUUUUCUCCAUGAAGAAACAUUCAGAAGAAAAUGCCAGCAAUAUUCAUUAAGUAUUUUCUCAUCAGCCAUGCAAACAAUUAAAGAAUUUAUCUUCUAUAGUAAUUUUUAAAUUACUGAGUGGUAAACAAAUUAUUUUUAAGUUUAAUAAACUGUUGAUAAUACCUAUGGUUGAUAAUAGCAGCACUAUUUAUAAUAACUAAGAUCUGGAAACAGCCCAAGUAUCCAUCAGUAGAUGAAUGGAU